AUGAAAUUUCAAUCCACUCUCCUGUUUGCCUUACUCAGAUCCACACGAGCUCUUUCCAGCACCACCACUUGCGCUCGCCAUCCCCGCUCAAGUCCCCUUUCCUUUGCAUUAGCCAAUCGUGGUGGUGGUGGUGGUGGUGGAUUACUAUCCUCUCAAAGACUCUCUGCCACACCUUCUCCGGACGACAACGACGAGCCGAAUCGGAUUCCCGCAACUGGUUGGAAUCACAAUCCACCCAAGGAGGAUUCCAAAUUUUGGCAAAACAACAAUCAGAACAACGACAGCAACAGCGGCAUCAACGGCGACAGACCUCAAGAGGAGGAAAAGCCCAAGAAAUUGCGCACUGGUUGGUUGCACAAUACAGAACCAGCCAAAGCAAAGAGUAAAACCUCGGACCCAGCAGGAGGAAAAGGAGGAGGCUCGACUACUACCAACUUGGCCCAAGAACGACUGAAACAAGCCAUGGCGUUGCAAGAACAAAACCAUCGCAUCGUGGGACCACCCACCUUUCAUGCUUGUGGAGAUGGACGUCAAGUCGUGGUUACCGAGCACAAAAUCUCGGUUCCCAUUUAUCGAAACCAAGAACGAUCGCCUCGCAUGGACGUAGCGUUUAGCGUAGUGGAAGAAGUCAAGGAUUUGGACACCCAGUCUUGGUUUCAGUCUCUACUACAAUCACCAAACCCCUUUCAACGAGCUACCCAAUACGUCCAAAAAGCUAAUUUGAAGGAUGCCAAGGGCAUGUGCUUGUAUCUGCAAGGAGGUCCUGGAUUUGGAUCCCCGCAACCCAUUGCUGGCUUGGGAUUUUCCGCUGGCAGUUCUUGGGCCGCCAAGGCGCUCGGGACCUAUUCGAGAAUUGUCCUCAUGGACCAACGAGGAACGGGCAAGUCGACACCCAUUACCAAACAAACCUUGGAACAACGAUUUCCGGACCUCUUUCUCUUUGAUGGUAGUAGUGGUGGUGGUAGUACAACAACAACAACAACAACAACAACAACCACACAGGAUGCCUUGGAAUCCCAAUUUGCCCAACGGCCCGAGGACCAUGCCAAAUUUCUUGCGGCAUUGUCACAAGCCACCGAGUACAUGGCCCAAUUCCGAGCGGAUAACAUUGUCAAGGAUGCUGAAGCCAUCAAGUCUGCUUUGCUGGUACCACUCGAACCAGGAUCACCCGCACCAGGACCAUUGCCCUAUGGUUGUGCCAUUGGGCAAUCCUUUGGUGGAUUUUGCAUGAUGUCCUAUCUGUCACUGAUGGAGCAUCCACCUACGAUUUGCCUCUUGACGGGGGGUAUUGCACCCAUGCUGACACCAGCCUACGAGGCGUAUUCAGGCUUGUGGGAACGGGUCAAGGAACGAAGUUUGCAAUAUUACGACAUGUACCCAGGAGACAUCAAGAUGGUCAAGAUGAUUGUGAAAAAGCUACUGGAGGAGCCACAAAGACUACCAUCGGGUGGAACUUUGACGGCACGUCGGUUCUUGCAACUGGGCAUGGGAUUGGGUGGUUCCCCAUCGGCAUUUGCCUCCUUGCACAACAAGCUUGCCAAUGCCUUUGUGCAAGAAAAUGAUCAAAUCGUUUUCACCAGAGCCUUUCUUAAGUCGUUUGAUGCGGAACAACCCUUUGGUGAUUAUCCCAUUUACUAUUUCAUGCACGAAAGUAUCUAUGCGGACGGUCCCGAGAAUUCGCCCACCAACUGGGCAGCCAACCGGGCCUACCAAAAUAAGAUUCAAACGCCAUCCGACUUUGAUUACAAAUUGACAAGUGGCAUGGAUUCGGAUGCAAAACCUGUGAUAUUCUUUGGAGAAAUGGUCUUUCCCUGGAUGUCGGAGGAUUAUGCGGAAUGUGGCGAUGUGGGGUGCCAACACUUGGUCAAUUCAUUGGCCACCAAGACGGAUUGGCCGAACCUAUACAAUGGAGAACAUAUGCGCCAAGUUUUAGAUGAUGGUCGAAGUCGAGCGGCUUCUGCCAGCUAUUUGGACGACAUGUAUGUCGACUGGGAUUGUGCCAAAAAGGUCCUUUCUCGAGGAGGGCCGUUGGAAAAGUGCAAGGCAUAUGUCACGAAUGAGUAUCAGCAUUCCGGACUCCGAGAUGAUGGAGCCAAAAUUUUUGCCAAGUUGCAUGGGAUGGCCAUGGGAAGUGUUCGAACUCCUAGUUAA